AUCAUAACUGUAGGCUCCAGCAGCUGUAAAAGCUGUUCAGCGAUUGACCAGAUGAUCGCCUACCCGCCCAUUCUGAAAUUAAAGCCGCCCCUCCUUUAAAAUGGACGCCUCGUUUCAUCGCCACUCCGACAACCCUACGUUUAAGUCGCGGCCGCUUCCAGAAGUAAUUCGGAGAUACCCACAGCUCUUGCCGACUGUCCGGGUGGCUGGUCCCCUUCGGAUGCUUGCCUGACGAAGGUUAUCACUUUCAGGGUCGCAGCUCCGAGGCCGCGCUGAUCCUGAAAAGCGCAAAGCAGCCAGCCACAAUCCACCCACGACUGGGAGCCCCAGAGAGGGCGGGCCUCGCACGCCUAUUGGCUGUCCUGCUAGGCCGGCGGACACUGAUUGGGCUACCUGUCAGGAGCCGGCUCUCGACCCUGCGUAGCAGAUGGCUUCUCGGGAUCUGCGGGCAGAGCUGGACUUUCUUCUCCUGCAGCUCCUCGGAGACCUGGAGCAACUGGAGGCGAAGCGGCAAGCGCUAAACGCCCGGGUGGAGGAGGGCUGGCUCUCGCUCUCCAAAGCGCGCUAUGCAAUGGGUGCCAAGUCAGUAGGGCCCCUGCAGUAUGCGUCCCACAUGGAGCCCCAAGUCCGCGUCUGCACCGGCGAGGCUGAGGACGGACUCCAGAAGUUCUGGAUGGUGAGAGCCGGCACCCAGACUCCAGAAGAAGUGGGAUCCCGCGAGGCAGCUCUGCGCAGGCGCAAGGGUCUCCCAAGGACUCCAGAGCCAGACUCCUCCCCAGCUCCCCAGAACCCUUUGAAAUGGUUUGGAAUCCUGGUUCCUCACAGUCUGCGACAAGCUCAAGCCAGCUUCCGGGAGGGUCUGCAGCUGGCUGCAGACAUGGCCAGCCUUCAGAGCCGCAUCAGCUGGGGUCGAAGCCAGCUCCAGGAACUCCAGGAGAAACUCAAGCAGCUAGAACCCAGGGCUCCCUGACCUGUCACCACAGAAGCAAGGCAGUGGGAACAGCUAUUCUUCGAUGUGGCUCCCUUAUCAGCCCUUCCUCCUUCACAGAUUGCCCGCCACCCGAACUAACUCCUGCUCCUUAAUACUUCUCUGGUCUGCAUGUUUCCAACUUUGUUAGGUGGGGAAGGCUGAAGAGGCAAACUGCAUAAUGUUGAAAGUUACUACUGUGAAACCACUUGUAAACUCACAUCCAUGUAGAGCAGUCACAAAGCUGUUAGGUUAGUUCAUAUUGAACAAUAACAACUUCAUGCAUCAGUUAGCUGUGGAUUUUCAUUACUGGAUGAAAUACUACACAGCUAGUGGCAGGGAAGGACAAGAAGUAGGUGCUUCAGUUUCUCUAGAUCCUUAAAACUGACUUUGAUGGAGGAAAAAAAACAUACAUAGCUACACAGAUCAGGACAGAAUGAUUCUGCACUGAUAGAAAAACACACAUACCUAAGUAGAUGGGGAAUGCUUAGCAGGUUUUAAGCCAGAAAGUAAAAAGGAUCUGACCUAAAUUUUCAAGGGAACUCUUUCAAGACACCAUUCAGGUUUUUAAACGACUGCUUUUGCCUUUCAAGAAUGAGUCUUUUAAUUUGUUGUGGGGCCAGAAACUCUGUGUCCUGGCUUCAUUUUCCUAUGGGCUUGUUGAUAUUUUUAGCAGUUUCUAGGAGCUUAUGGGGAUGUUAGUUUUUUGUUUAUGAGAUGUAUCUUUUUUCCCAGUUUUUGUGUUUUAACUUUACUUAUGGUGGGUUUAACUUUUUAUUAUAAAACACAUUGCAUUAAACUGCACAGAACAGUUGAAUAGCGUAAUGAGUAAGGUGAAAGCUCUCUCAGCUCUUGUGUGUUUAAAUCAAGUUUCUUAGAACAGUUGAAAUUAUCAGGUAGCUAUUUUAUGAUUUCUGGCUUUGGGAUUGCGGUUGAUGGGAUAAUAAGGGAAUUCUCCAGUGUUUUCCUCAAGAACUUUUGUAUUCAAGUGAAGUACCGGGUGAGUCCUGCACUCAACUUCCUCUUUUCUACCAUAGUUCAUACAGUGGACCAUCCUUAGCGCUGAUUUGAAAUGCCACCCUUUUCUUUCGAUUAAUCCCAGUGUUGUAUACCCCUACCAUAUUUUGGCAUUUCCAUUUUUUUCAUUUAUCUUAAUGUAAGUUAAGACACAGGUACCAGUGUCUUAACACAGACACUGUUUUAAUUCUUGAGCCUUUAAU